AUGGUCGGACGGAAUUUCAAAAACCGGGAAAGCAGAAUUGGUAAGAAAAGCCCAAAUGCCUCUCAGGGCAUAUGCACCUCGGGCAAGAUCACAGCAUCGGAUGUGCAGUCUCCCGUCCGUCCUUGCGCGGCAGCGCCCUUCCUACAAGCGCGGCUGGCCUUUCCUGGACGAGUACAACGCAAUUCUAUGGACGAUCCAAACGCAGAAGAGGAAUUGGAUGCCGAUGACACGUAG